CAAAGAUAUAAAAUCGGACUCACCCGGAUCCUUUUGAUUCCGACCGUUGCAACCAAUUUUGAAAUACCUAAACGCUCUUCUUCUCCGUCUAUCUGAAAACAUCAAUUUACAUACAACGCAUAUAUACAUCUCUCUCUCUCUCGAUGGCAGCAAUGAAAGAUUCGAACCGCAAAAAAUGGAAUGUAAUCUAUAAUGGGCUUGUAUCAUUGAUUCGUAAGCAACAAUCUGAGCUUGAGAUUCUUCAAGACAGGAUUCAAUUGCUAAAUCAAAGCCGGAUUUCUGAUGCUAAUCGCAUCAAACAACAACGCUCUCAGAUCCGGAGGCUUAAUAAAGUCCGGGAGAUGGAGCGGGUUGUAGAGUCCGCCAAAGCCCGGUUGUUUCUGUCUGUGAAGCAAACCCACUCUUUGACGCACAAACUUGUAUCAGAAACUACUGAGAGUGAUCUGGAAGAUCUUAAGAAAUGGAUUGACUUACUGUCUCCGAAAUGUGCUGAGCUCAAAGAACCACUGGAAAAGGAAGUCAAGAAACUGAAACAGGAUAUUGAGAAGCUAAAUUCCAAGAAAACGUCUGAGGUGUCUGCUCUUUUAAAAGAGAGGGAUUUCGUGUGGAAUCAAUAUAAGACGCUGGAGACUCGUUUAACUGAUAAGUUAAAGAAAAAAGAAGAAGAAUUUAAAGAAGCUGAUGGGAAGAUCAGAAAUCUUUUGGCUGGUAUGGAAGAAUUACAGGCAUCAAACAAAGAAAAGGAUGAUAUGAUUGCAACCUUGAAGAAUAAGAUGAUUAAGUUGGAAGCUGACUCUCUGACAAAGUCUGAAGAAAUUUCCCUACUUUCCAGGGAAUUGGAGUCAAUAAAGAAGUCCAAAAGUGAUCCUGUGACACCUGUGUUACGUAGCUGUAUGGCAAAAACAGGGAAGAAUCGUAUUACCCGCAACAGGAAUGUAACAGAGAAGAAAGAGCUUAAUUCUUCUCGAUUCGCGAAAGAGGGAUCUAGAAGUUCUAAGAGAAAAAUUGGUGAGAACUCCUCCAUCCCGGAUCUUCCCAGAUUAAUGACAUCCAGAUUCAAAGCUCCUAAAGUAAAAUGUUCUCCUGGUACAUGACACAUGACCAGCAGCUUCUAUAUGGUGAAUGUGAAUUUUUUUUUUUUUAAUGUAAAUUGAUUAGAAUAGAAUGGCUCCCUUGUUUAUAUAUGACCAGACAAUCAUGUUUCAUUUUGAGGCAGGUCACCAAUAGAAUUAGCAUAAGGGUAUUAUGCUUCAUAUGAGGCAGGUUAGCGAUGGAGAUCUAGCACAAGAUUGUGCCCAUUUUCUAUUGGGCUUAGGAUAGUAUUCCCUUGCUUAGUUGCUUGUAUAUCUUUAAUUGAACUGAGGAAUCUAGGGGAUGCCAAGACUUAGUAGGGUUGUGAUAUUUUUGUUAUCUCGUUUC